AUGGAGCUGACAUGGGCAGGAGUUCUGCUUCUUCUCUGUAUACUUUUCACCCUUUUCUCAUCUUUCCAAAUGUACAAGAAAAAAGGGCAGCUGCCCCCUGGACCUACUCCAUGGCCUAUUCUGGGGAACCUCUUUCAGCAAGAUGUACUACCUCUAAAUAAAUCCUACAAAAAGCUUACAGAGAAGUAUGGACCUAUAUUUACUAUCUGGUUUGGAUCAAAACCAAUGGUUGCUCUUUGUGGAUAUGAGGUGGUAAAAGAUGCUUUGAUAAAUCAAGCAGAAGAAUUUGGUGGGCGAACUCAAACGCCCUUUCACAGAAGAGUGUUCAAAAAUAAAGGAUUAGUUUCAGAUGAUGAGAAGAAAUGGAGGGAGAUGCGACGGUUCACACUGUCCACCUUGCGAGAUUUUGGGAUGGGGAAGAAAAGAAUGUCUGAGAGGGUGCAGGAGGAAGCCCUUUGUCUGGUGGAGGAAAUGGCUGCCACAAAAGGGCAGCCUUUUGACCCAAGAAGAAAUUUGGCAAGUGCUGUUUCUAAUGUGAUCUGUGCAGUCGUCUUUGGCAAUCGAUUUGAUUACAAAGAUCAAACCUUCAUAGAGAACCAGCAGAUUGUGGAGUCUCAAAUACGAUUUCUGACUAGUUUCCUAGGACAGGUGUACAAUACUUUUCCAAAAACAAUGGAAUACUUUUUUGGACGAUAUAUCAACUCUUUUGCCGAGGCUGAAAAAGUUUGUGAUUAUAUCCGUGAGAAGGUGGAAUUGCACAAGAAGACAUUGGAUCCCCAGAAUCCACGUGACUAUAUUGAUUGCUUCCUUCAUAGAAUGGAAAAGCAGAACUCAUCUGAGGGAAUCUACACUCCUGAAGAUCUUGUGAUUACUGUGCUUAGUCUCUUUACUGCUGGGACAAUAACCACAAGCCAUGCUUUGCUAUGCAGCCUCCUAGCAAUGGCUAAAUUGCCACACAUUCAAGUUAAGGUGCAACAAGAGAUUGAUGAGGUAGUGGGUACAAAUCGCACUCCAAGCAUGGAAGACCGGUUGAAGAUGCCUUUCACAAAUGCUGUGGUCCAUGAGGUUCAACGUUAUCGGACUGACCGCCUUGAAAUCUUUCCACGGGCAACAACUUGUGAUGUCAAAUUCCAUGGUUACAACAUUCCCAAGUACAUGGCUGUUGUGCCAGUCCUCCCCUCAGUACACCGUGAUCUUCUCCAUUGGGAGACUCCAGAGAAGUUCAACCCAGAUCAUUUUUUGAAUGAAAAGGGCCAGUUCAGGAAAAGGGAUGCUUUCAUGCCAUUCUCAGCAGGGAAGAGGGCCUGUCCAGGAGAGGCUCUGGCUAGGAUGGAGCUCUUCCUGUUCUUCAGCACUCUGCUCCAGAACUUCACCUUCUAUCUGGAUGGGGACACCAAAGACAUGGAUAUAAUGUCUCUGUUUAUGAUGUUACAAACUAAGAAUCAAUCCCCCCUUAUACGAGCCGUUAAACGUUCAGUGAACACUUGUGUUCAAUAA